AUGAUUUAUGACCUGCAAGUUUUGAAUAAGAAGGGGGCCGGGCCUCCUUCUCAGAAGAGAAUUGCAAAACGAAGUAGUUGGGCCCUUGAGCCCGGCGGCGCCAAUUGCGUCCCCGUCCAAACCCUACCGCCUCCGCACGCCGUCGCCAUGGCCUCCGCCCUCCAGCUGCGGCGCCAGUGCCUCGCCGCCGCCACCAACCCUGUCCUCUUCUCCGGCCAUGGCCUUCGCUUCCGCAAGCUCGAGGUCAUCCUCACCACGACGAUCGAUAAACUGGGUAAAGCAGGGGAGGUGGUGAAGGUGGCGCCUGGGCACUUCCGCAACCACCUGAUGCCCAAGAUGCUCGCUGUCCCAAACAUGGACAAAUUCGCCAUACUCAUUAGAGAGCAGCGCAAGCUUUACCAACGUGAAGAGGAGGAGGUGGUGAAAGAAGUCACAAAGGAAGAUGAUGAUGCUCGGCAACAUGAAGAAAGACUGAAGGAGUAUCAAACAGCAGCAAAGCAGCUCGAUAAUGCACUCUUGGUGUUGAGGCGGUUCAUCUCGACCGGAAACGAGCUGCGUACUCCUGCAACAAAGGAUGAAAUUGUUUCCGAGGUGGCAAGGCAACUCAACAUCAAUAUCCACCCAGACAAUCUGCACGUGCAGUCACCUUUGGCGUCCCUUGGUGAGUUUGAGCUGCCCCUCCGCUUACCGAGGGGGAUACCACACCCAGAAGGCAAGCUACAAUGGACUCUCAAGGUUAAGAUCAGGAGAAAAUAAGCACACUCAUUUGGGAAUCCCCCGAAUCUAGUGGAUGAUACCAAACCAUUGUAGCUUUCAGAUCAAGAGACCUGUGGAAUAGGUUUUCAGAUCAAAGUCUCAUGCGUUUCGCUAAUCAUAGAUUCAGAUUUAUUUGUUAUGCAAACCUCCUUCCCGUUCUCCGAAAGCUGAGUGUUGAUUUUCGCUUCUUGCCCAUCUGUGGAUAGGAUCGUAUGACUGGCGAUGUGAUUGUUAAAAAAUGUUACGGAGUGAUGAAUAAUUUGUCUGGAACAGGAUGCAAGUACUGCCUAGCACGGCCCCUCUGGAUAGUGUAUAAAAUCUUGUAUUGUUGUUGA